CAACAGCGAGAGUGGGCGGAGCUUGUUUCCAGGAAGUGAGUAGCGUGACUUCGGGCCUCAACCCAACUUUCUGCUUGUCACCCCUCUUCGCAAAUUAAUUCAACCUUUUCUCAAAUCACCAACAUGGGCGACGACGAAGAGAAAUACGACGGCAUGCUGCUCGUCAUGGCGCAACAACACGAAGGAGGAAUACAAGAGUUGGUCCACACAUUUUUCAGCUUCCUUCGUCGGAAAACUGAUUUCUUCAUCGGUGGUGAGCCAGGUGCUCCAGAGAAGCUGGUCAAAGACACCUUCGCCCAUCACAAUAAACUUGCACUGAAAGCCCACACAGAGACGCAGAUGAAACAAGAGAAGGAGAAGAAGGAGAAAGCUGAACGAGCAUCCAAGCUAGCAGAGGAAGAAAAGAAAAAGACAAAUGGUGAUGGUCCCAGAAUUCAGGAACUGACUGAUGAAGAAGCAGAGAAACUUCAGUCUGAACUCGACAAGAAAAAGAAGGAAGAGGAGAAACCAACGAUUGCAAAAACAGAAGCAGAGAAGUCAUCCAACAAAGCAGAAGAAGAGAAAGGGUCUGAGUCAGAGGGAGAGGAGGACGCAAAGGACAAAGAUAAGAUGAAGCCAAACUCAGGAAACGGAGCCGAUCUGCCAAACUACAAGUGGACUCAGAGUCUGUCUGAAGUCGAUCUGGUGGUGCCUUUUGAUGUGAAGUUCCGCAUCAAGAGCAGAGAUGUGGUCGUGGACAUCCAGCGGCGCACCAUCAAGGUCGGUCUGAAGGGCCAUCCUCCUGUUAUAGAAGGCGAGCUGUACAACACGGUGAAGGUGGAGGAGAGCUCCUGGCUCAUUGAUGACGGCAAAGUCGUCACAGUGCACCUGGAAAAGAUAAACAAAAUGGAGUGGUGGAGCAGGAUGGUGACCACAGAUCCAGAAAUCAACACCAAGAAAGUCUGUCCAGAGAACUCAAAGCUGUCAGACUUGGACGGGGAGACGCGUGGUAUGGUGGAGAAAAUGAUGUACGACCAGAGGCAGAAAUCAAUGGGCCUGCCCACGUCUGAAGAGCAAAAGAAACAAGACAUCCUUAAAAAGUUCAUGUCUCAACACCCAGAGAUGGAUUUCUCUAAAGCCAAGUUCAGCUGAGACCUUCACCAAACGAAACCGAGCGACGCCCCUUCAUCUGUUCUCCUCACAGUGGACAUGGUUUAGAUGACUGAUGUGGUUUAAGUUCAUAAGUUCAUGUUUCUUUUUGUCUUGUUGAUGACGGUUGGUCUCACAUCCUCCGUUUGCAUGUGUCUGGAUAUUUUAAGUGUUAACAUGUUUCUGUUUUUUUUAAAAUAAAGAGUUCAAAACUAAAGAA